GUGACGUUCAAGUGACGUCACGGGAGUACGAGUCGCCGCUAGGAACAAACUGCAAGCCUACCAAUUCCUUUCCGUGAAAGUGGCGUGUGAUGUUCACAGGUCCAUAGAGACUAGGGAAGGUUUCCAAUGUGAAAGUUGUUGUUCCUCCUGCUUCUCACUCCGCCAUGGUGCGGCACGGAGAGCUACCUACCGCGGAAAGCAGCGACCCCGCUGAGCUAUCCCCUCUCCCCACAGCACCUGUUACAUUGCAGCCGGAUACCCUGCAAGUUCCCUCGUCAUGGGAAAGCCCGGAGGGGUCUCCCAAGGCCUCCCCUCUGCCCCAGGGCCCAGAAUCCGCAUUGGCCCCAUCUGGGGACACCACAGCCGCCCUGUGCCUCAGGGUAAGGACCCUGGAAGCUGAGCUGGAGACCUGCCGCCAGGAGCUCAGAGACAUCCAGAGACGGCUGAGCCAUAGCGAGAGACUGCACCGUUGCACCGAGACUCGCAACCUGGAGCUGCAGAAACAGGUAGAGCAACUAAGUAGAGAACUUCAUGAAAGAAAGAGAGCAGAACAGACAGCCCAGGAAGUACAGACAGAUGGCUAUUAUGGUUGGGCACAAUCUGAUUAUUGUUCCAGUGGAAAUGAUUACAGUGGAUUUGCACCAGGUAUGUCAGAACAGGUCAGUGUGACAGAAGACAGCAAUUCUUCACAAGUUGUAGCAGAAGCAGUGCUGAAUAAAGCAGGAGCAAGCAGCGGUCAGUUUGUGGAAGAGGUGCAAGAAGAUACUGUAUACGCGCAGCAAGCUGAGGAAGAGCAGGGAUGCUCACUGGCUGACAGUCUGAGGGCGACCGCAGAAGCUGCUGUGACGCAGACUGGAUUUGUAUAUGAUGAAAACACGGGGAUGUAUUAUGAUCACAGUACUGGAUUUUAUUAUGAUUCGGAGUCCCAGCUAUAUUAUGAUGGUACCACUGGUAUAUAUUAUUACUGUGAUGUGGAUAGUGGCCGAUACCUAUAUCAUUCCCGAGUGGAUCUUCAGUCAUUCACUGACACAAACCCUCAGCCAACAAAAGAUAAAAGGAGCAAGAAGAAGAGGCGAGAUCCGGCCAGCAUGGAAAAGGAGGAGGAGAAGGAGAAGGAUACAGAGAAAAUGGAACAUGAGCCAGUAAGCCCCCCUGAAAGGGAAGAAUUGGCUGCUGAGAGAAAGAAAGCUAGGAUGGGCAGUUUAGUAGAAUCUUAUGAAAGAGAGAGCUCAUCCUCAGAUGAGAGUGAACCAGAGGAGGGAGAAAUCACUGACUCUGACAAUGAGAAGACUUCCAGUGAUGAUGACAGGUCAAGUGGACUAAGCGUCACUUCCCACACCUCAGAGCCUGAAGACCCAGAAAGAAUUUGGCCUCCAUGUAUAAGAGUAACUGUUGUUCGAUCACCAGUGCUUCAGAAGGGAACCCUAUUUAUCAUCACAGCUGAUAAAACUGCCACCAUUGGAAGAGAAAAAGAUUUGGGGCAUACAAUCCGUAUUCCAGAGCUUGGCAUCAGUAAAUUUCAUGCAGAGGUGUACUUUGAUCAUAAUUUACAAAGCUACGUACUUGUGGAUCAAGGCAGCCAAAAUGGAACAGUUAUAAAUGGCAACCACAUAUUGCAGCCUAAAGAAGUCAGCCAGCCCUGUGUGCUGCAACAUGGCGAUGAAGUAAAGUUUGGGGAAACUGUGCUUUCUUUCCACGUGCACCCGGGCAGCGAAACCUGCGAUGGAUGUGAGCCAGGGCAAGUCAGAGCCCACCUCCGCCUGAAUAAGAAAGAAGAGCAUUCUGCUGGUCCAGUACUGACCAAGGAAGGCAAAGAACUGUUACGGAAACAGGGACUUAAGAAAAUCAGAGCAAAAUAUGGAUUGCAGAGUGCUGAUUAUGAAGACAACAAGGUUCUAACAAAUCCAAAGUACAAGGACAGAGCAGGCAGACGGAGACAAGUGGUGGGUAGUGAUGGUACUUUCCAGAAAGAGGAGGCCCCAGCAUCUGUACAUGUUGAGAUUAAUGACAACAACAAGGGAAGGAAAAUGCUGGAAAAGAUGGGAUGGAAAAAGGGAGAAGGCCUUGGCAAGUCAAGUGAUGGAAUAAGGGAUCCGAUUCAGCUUCAGCUUCGCAAGAAGAAGGCAGGUUUGGGUGCCCAGAAUCCCACCUCCAUUGAAGAUAUUCAGCCAACAACACAAAACAAAAAGAACUGGGAAAAAGCCAGGGAGCGAUAUGCAGAAGCUUUCCCCGAUGCCAAAACAAAAAAUGAGACCAAGACCUCUGUGACUUGGAUAAAGGGCUCUAUAGAAUAAUGCCCUCUGUACCAGGGCAUUGCUGUCAAGAGGUAUCAUCUUGUCUUCCUUGUAUAACUAGGGAGAUGGGUAUGCAUAUACUGCAGUAUACCUCCCCUUCCCAUUCCCUUGAACAGCUUUCUAAAGUGGCCAUACAUGGGCAGAUUCAAGCUGCCGAUUUGUGCCCUUCAGCCCAAUUUGGCAGCUUAUCUGCCCGAAAAUUGUCCAGAUGUCAAUCAGGCGAAUUAAGGACCGCAUCGGCUUGAUGAUGUGGACCUUGCCUUGAUGGCCUGUAUCCCCUUAGGUAGAUAUACUGGGGGAUGAUCCGCUUGCUUGGCGACCAAACUAGCUGAUCUUAUAAUGUAUGGCCAGCUUAAGUGUCACAGAGAGUAAUAAAAUCUGCCCCAUCUGCAAGUAUGUACAUGAAUGCUCCGAGGAAAAUAGGUCCAGUAUAUACUCAGGAUGAUUAAUGUAGCUGCUAAUCCUUUUAUUUUUCUGUAAACCCCCUAGUGACAUAGGGAAGCAGUUUAACCAGUUAUGGUGCUUGGGUUGGUAGCUAAGGGGUCUGAGGAAUAACUCCAUUACCGUUUAUUGCUUAAGUGCAGUUUAUCUUUAGUUUGUGAACUGUUUGUUCUUCAUUUCCCACUGGUGGGUAGAGGAUUUGAGGAAGUGCAGUUUAGAAGUUGAAGGGAAAUCAUGUGGUGGCUGGUUCUAGAUUUCAUGUAUCUAUUCACAUCUUGGCUAGUUCCAUGACAGACCUCUCGAGGCAAAGCAAGCCCUUUAGUUAAAGGCUAACUAAUCUUGCCAAGUGUCUUACACGGACUCUGAGUGUCCCAUUACGCUUCCCUACCCAAGCACUACUUUGCCAGCCGCAGGUGGUUCAACACCUGGUGACAUGUCUCGGGUUUUAUGCCUGCCCUUUAACUACAUAGUGAAUAGACAAGUGACAGCUGUGUAAUGUGUGACAAUUUAAGGACCAUUUGCAGGAAUCACACAGUUGCCUUAGAUGACAGGUCAUAGCAAAAUAUCACAAUAACAAGUUUCUUCUGUGAAGAAUUGUACAAAGAUUACAAAUUCUUUUGUGUAAAAAUUGAUUUAUUCAG